AGCUCGGGGCGCGAUGCAGAGACCCGGAGGCGGCAGCGGAGCUGGGGGCAGCGGCGGGGGCAGCGGUGGGAGCCAGGGCACCGCCUUCUCCAUCGACUCCCUCAUCGGGCCUCCCCCGCCGCGCUCGGGCCACUUGCUGUACACUGGCUACCCCAUGUUCAUGCCCUAUCGACCGCUGGUCCUGCCUCAGGCUCUGGCCCCCGCGCCCCUGCCCGCAGGCCUCCCGCCCCUCGCACCGCUUGCCUCCUUCGCUGGCCGCCUCACCAACACCUUCUGCGCCGGGCUGGGCCAGGCCGUGCCAUCCAUGGUGGCGCUCACCACCGCGCUGCCCAGCUUCGCGGAACCCCCCGACGCCUUCUACGGCCCCCCGGAGCUGGCUGCCUCCCGCAACAACCCGGAGCCCGGCGCCCGGCGCCCAGAGAGCGGGCUGGAGCCCGACGAGCUGCCGCAGACCAGAGAGAAAGUAGCAGAGCCCCCCCCACCGCCUCCUCCGCCGGCGCCGCACUUCUCCGAGACUUUCCCAAGUCUGACGGCGGAGGGGAAGGCGUACAGCUCCGAUGAGGAGAAGCUGGACGCGCCGUCGGGGGAGACGGCCGGCAGCGAGCCCGAGGAAGAAGGCUCGGGCGGCGGCGACAGCGAGGACGACAGCUUCCUGGACAGUGCCGCUGGGGCAGCGGCCGCCCUCCUGGGGCCCAAGCCCAAGCUCAAGGGGGGCCUGGGGCCCGGGGCCCUGGACGGGCCUCCGGGGACCCCGGGCGCGUCGGCCCCGGGGGGGAAGAGCCGGCGGCGGCGCACGGCGUUCACCAGCGAGCAGCUGCUCGAGCUCGAGAAGGAGUUCCACUGCAAGAAGUACCUGAGCCUGACGGAGCGCUCGCAGAUCGCCCACGCCCUCAAGCUCAGCGAGGUGCAGGUCAAAAUCUGGUUCCAGAACCGCCGGGCCAAGUGGAAGCGCAUCAAGGCCGGCAACGUGAGCAGCCGCUCGGGGGAGCCCGUCAGGAACCCCAAGAUCGUGGUGCCCAUCCCCGUGCACGUCAACCGGUUUGCCGUGCGCAGCCAGCACCAGCAGCUAGAGCAGGGCGCCCGCCCCUGAGGCCCCGGCAGGCGCGCCCUCCGCGCUCGGGCCGCCGCCGCCCCGGGAUUCCGCCCGGGCUCUGGCCCAGGCCGGGGGUGGGCGGGACUGCCGGGGCUCCGCAGAGCCCCGGGGCGGGCGGGACAAGCUCUCCAGGACCUGGAGGGGCAGGAGCUCCAACGGGGCCUCGCUCUCGGCAGGGGCGGGCUCCUUAUUUAUUUGUGUAAAGUGUACAUAUGGCGCAUAUGUGUGUAAAUGUCUAUGUCCGCACCCCUCGGAGGGUGGGGGAGCCUCAGCCUUCAGCACCUGCAUCCAGCGCGGCCCCGACACGCAAUCUAUCAAGCCACACCCACACCCUCCAUGGAACCUCCAGCAAAGCUACCCUCUCCUCCGUUUCCAGGUGCACCUCGCCCCCUCCCCCCACGCGCUACCCGUUGGCCCUUUCCCCACCCACCCCGGCCCACUCGAGUUGGGAUUUCCAUUGCGGAGGAAUCAGUGGGCCGGAGGGCGAAGGGUUCCGCUCCCGCCCGCCUAGGAGUCUUUUGGACUCGAGCGGCCGCGGCCGGCGAGUGUUCGUGCGAGUGCCUAGACUGCCCCAGCUUGGUCAUCUGCUUCAAGUGGAGGGGUCACCCAGUCCCCAGCGACAGGGGGUCUUGUCCAUUGUACAUUUGUGGUUUCUCCAAUAAAUUAUUUUCUAUGUAAAGGA